UCCUCCUCCGCUGGUGCUGCUGCCACCACCAGGUUCUCUCCGCUCAUGGUUUGCUUACUUUCCUCCUGAACUUUCCUCUCAGAGCUCAUGUUGUCUCAGCUUUUGGAGAACUUGCUCCUGCAGGAUGGACUGAAACACCUCCCCUGUUAAGGGUGCGGAUACUUCAAAGAGAAAGCGCGUGUUGUGUUUUCCUGUUCAAAGAGCGCGCGACCUGCUUUUCCCCAUCAUGGAAGAGGACGACAGGCAUCAGGAGAACGGGAUCCACGUCUCUAAGGACUCGGACCGACAGCAGCGGCUCAGGCUCUGCGUUCUCAACGAAAUCCUGAACACAGAGAGGGACUAUGUCCGGACGCUCCUCUUCCUUCAGUCGGCUUUUUUGCACAGGAUUAGACAAAUUCCAGAUGACCAACAGUGUCUUUCCCCUGAACAUGUCAAGAUCCUGUUUUCAAACAUCGAGGACAUCCUGGAGUUGCACAAAGAGGUGUUGUCCGCAGUGGAGGCCAGCUUGCACCCCGAACCCCAUCCUAACCACUCGCUGGGUCACGUGUUUCUGCAGUUUAGGCAGAGUUUCUCAGUGUAUGGCGAGUACUGCAGUAACCACGAGAAGGCUUUGCGGCUUCUAAUGGAGCUAAACAAGAUUCCCAACAUAAGGACAUUUCUACUGCACUGCAUGCUGCUUGGAGGAAAGAAGAGCACAGACAUUCCCCUGGAGGGUUACCUUCUCACUCCAAUUCAGAGGAUCUGCAAGUACCCUCUGCUGCUGAAGGAACUACUUAAAAGGACUCCUAAGAAGCAUUCAGAUUACCCUGCUGUGGAGGAGGCUCUGCAGGGUAUGAAGGCUGUUUGCUCCAACAUCAAUGAGACCAAGAGGCAGAUGGAGAAACUGGAGGCUCUGGAACAGCUGCAGUCCCACAUCGAAGGCUGGGAGGGAACCAACCUGACAGAUAUCUGCACGGAGUUGCUCCUUCAUGGAAAUCUUCUCAAAAUCUCAGCAGGCAACAUCCAGGAGCGAGUCUUCUUUCUGUUUGACAACCUUUUGGUUUACUGCAAAAGGAAGUCCAGGGUAUCUGGAAAGAAGUCCACGAAGAGGACCAAGUCUAUCAACGGGCCUCUCUAUGUGUUCAGAGGUCGGAUCAACACAGAAGUGAUGGAGGUGGAAAAUGUGGAAGAUGGAACAGCUGACUAUCACAGCAACAACUACACAGUAACAAAUGGCUGGAAGAUUCAUAACACAGCGAAGAACAAGUGGUUUGUCUGCAUGGCCAAAAACGCAGAGGACAAGCAGAAGUGGCUGGAUGCCAUCUUGAGGGAACGGGAGCAGAGAGAGAGUCUGAAGUUGGGAAUGGAGAGAGAUGCCUAUGUGAUGAUAGCGGAGAAGGGCGAGAAGCUCUACCACAUGAUGAUGACAAAAAACAGGCACCUGAUAAAGGAUCGGCGCAAGAAGCUCAGCAUUGUGCCCAAGUGCUUCAUGGGAAAUGAGUUUGUGUCGUGGCUGAUAGAAAGCGGAGAGAUCAGCAACGCUGACGAGGGAGUGAACCUGGGACAAGCCUUACUGGAAAAUGGCAUCAUUCACCACGUGUCGGACAAACACCAGUUCAAGAACGAGCAGGUUUUAUACCGCUUCCGCUACGACGAUGGCACCUACAAGGCCCGCAGUGAGAUGGAAGACAUCAUGUCAAAGGGCGUCAGGCUUUACUGCCGCCUUCACAGCCUCCACACUCCCAUCAUCAAGGACAGAGACCACCACUUGAAAACCUUUAAAUCUGUUCUGCCUGCUUCCAAACUGGUGGACUGGUUAAUCUCACAGGGAGACUGCUCUAACAGGGAGGAUGCGGUGACCCUGGGCGUGGGGCUUUGCAACAGUGGCUACAUGCACCACGUUUUAGAGAAGAGCGAAUUUAAAGACGACUCCCAGUUCUUCCGCUUCUAUGCCGACGAAGAAACUGAGGGAACUGGCACCAAGAGCAAGCAGCUCCAGCGAAACGACUUCAAACUCAUAGAAAACGUCCUAGCCAAGUCCCUUGUGAUUCACCCCGAGGAGGAAGACUACGGCUUCGAAAUCGAGGAGAAAAAUAAAGCAAUUGUGGUGAAAUCUGUCACCAGGGGCUCACAUGCGGAGAUGGCCGGCCUGCAGGUGGGCAGGAAGAUCUACACCAUCAACGAAGACCUGCUGUUCCUCAGGCCCUUCUCAGAGGUGGAGGCCAUGAUCAACCAGGCCUUCUGCAUACGACGCUCUCUGCGGCUGCUGGUCGCCACCAAAGCCAAGGAGAUCGUAAAGAUCCCCGACAACCCAGAGAGCCUCUCCUUCAGACUCUCUGGAUAUGAGCCGCCACACGUCCACGCGGUGAGAAAAGGCUGGGAGGCGGCUGCUGCAGGUCUCCAACCAGGCCAAGUUGUCCUGAAAGUCAAUGGGAACAACGUGAACCGCAGUGAUCACCAGGAGGUCCUGGAGCACUUCAGCGCUCAGCACUCUCACCAGGAGCCCCCUCAAGCAUGUCUCUGGGUUUAUCGUGCUUUUGAGGAUGUGGAGGAGCUACAAAGACCAAGCAGUGCAGGUGAGAAGGAGGAGAGCCCCUUUAGGCCUUACCCCGUGGAGAACGGCUCAAGCCACGAGGAGGGUAGCACCGCUAAUGGAACAGAUCACAGGCUCUGUAGACUUUCCCUCUCCAAUGAUCUGCCUCUGGUCAGCCUGACUGUUGAUAAUGUCCACCUGGAACAUGGAGUGGUUUACGAGUACGUGAGCACUGCAGGGGUAAAGAGCCACGUCUUGGAGAAGAUGGUGGAGCCCAAAGGCUGCUUCGCCCUGACUGCUAAGAUCCUGGAGGCGUUUUCUGGUGACGACAGCCUCUUUGUACGUAACUGCAGCCAGCUCAUCUCUCAGAGCGAUCGAGUUGUUACCAUGCCUCAGUACGAGUUCAGACAGAUCUGUGACACAAAGCUGGAGAGCAUCAGGCGGCGCAUCAGCAGCUAUCAGCAGUUCGCCAAGGAGCUGAGAAAUAAGGUGUGGCCCUCCUUCAGACAGGCUGGCGUUCGCCCUCACCCACUGGGCUGCAUGGACUUUGUUCCUACCAACUGCCACGUGAACCUGAUGCAGGUUUCCUACCCAAAAAGCACCACCUCCGCCGGCAGGACUUUCAGUAUCCGCUUUGGUCGCAAGAACUCCCUUUAUGGCAUGGACCCAGACCAAGCACAACUGAACCCUAUGUCACACACCCAGCAUUGCGUGACCAGCAUGGGCGCUCCUUCCUGGAGCUGCUCUGGGUUAGAAGGAGAUGAGGCAGAUGGCAGCAGGGAGGAGACCCUGGACGGAGGGGAGUGUGUGACGGACGGUCGGCAGGGGGUCCAUGGAGAAGGUGGGCUGAGUUUCCUGCUCAAACAGGAAGACACAGAGACGCAGGACGCCUACAUUUACCUCUACAGCCGCUUGGAUGUUGCAGUGAGGGAAAUGAAGCAGUAUGUCGCUCAAAUAGAUGUCCUCCUGUCAUCAAUCACUGAACCCACGCAGCUUGAAGGGGAGAGUGGAGAGCCUCCUGCUGACGAGACUGGUCAGCCGCCAUCUCUGGCCCCCUGCGAAGACGGCUGUGAUCAGGACAAGGCGGAGCAAGGCGGCAUCAAAAAAGUUUGCUUUAAGGUGAACGAAGAAGACCAGGAGGACUCUGGGCACGAUACCAUGAGCUACAGGGACUCCUACAGUGAAUGCAACAGCAACAGGGACUCGGUUCUGUCCUACACCAGCGUUCGAAGUAACAGCUCUUACCUGGGGAGUGACGAGAUGGGAUCAGGUGACGAGCUGCCUUGUGAUAUGAGGAUUUCCUCCGACAAACAGGACAAGCUGCAUGGCUGCCUCGAGCACCUUUUCAACCAGGUUGAAUCAAUCAACUGCCUCCUCAAAGGAUCUGUUAUGACUAAGGCCUGUGAUGAGACCAAGCACUUUUAUUCUGACCACAGUCAGCCAGAGUUUCGUCAAACAGAUGACUGGACUGCCCGCAGUCGUUAUAUCAUCCACAAGAACAUCCAGGAGGACCCGUGGAACCUGCCCCACUCAAUCAAAAACCUGGUGGAGAGCCUGCAGCGAUUUGUAGACGAUGGGAAGAACCAGCUUCUUCUGGCUCUGCUCAAAUGUACAGACACGUCCUUGCAGCUCCGUCGGGAUGUGAUCUUCUGCCAGGCUGCGACUGGUGCCCUCUGCACGCUGGCUGAGCAGCUGCUGACCGCCCUGCGCUCACGGUUCAACAACGCUGGAGAAUACCAGGAAGACAGCAAGGAGACCAGCCGCAAGUGGCUGGAGCAAAUAUCCGUCAUUGGUGUUUUGCUUCACUUUCAGUCCACACUUGCACCACACCUUAAAGCGGAGCGCACCAUGCUGGAAGACACCAAGGCAGCCCUGUUGGACUUGGACAAAGUCACUGUGUUCUUCAGGCCGCUGGAAGACGAGUGUCUGGUCGCAAACACACCUGUGUGCUACCAGGUGGAGGGCAGCCGGCAGGCCCUGAGGGUCACCAUGUACCUGGACAGCUGUCACUUCAGUGAGCUGCCCAGUCGGCUACAAAACGGAGGCAGUCUGAAGCUACACACCGUCCUGUUCUCCAGAGCCCUGGAGCGUCCAGAGGGAACAUCCUCGCAGGAGAACGUGGACAUGGUGGAGUUCCAGCAGCGCAUCAAUGCCGUAUCGCUGGAGAAGGUCAAGGCGUAUUACCGCAAACUCAGGGCUUUCUAUUUGGAGAAGUCUAACCUACCUACAGACUCCAACUCUACAGCGAUGAAAAUAGACCAGAUACUGGGCGUUGAAGUUAGAGACCUUCAGCCAAGCAUUUCCAAACUGCUGAGACCCCUCAACACACUGGAUGACCUCUGUCGACUAAUGCAGUCAUAUGUCAACGUGCGUCCGAGCGCCCAGGGCCACCCGUCAGGCGUCAGCGUGCUGUGUGUGUCCUCCGAACUGUGUAACCGCCUGGGAGCCUGCCACAUCACCAUGUGUGGAACCGGCCUGCAGAGAUGUUCCCUGAAUGUGACCCUGGAGCAGGCAAUGAUCCUGGCCAGGAACCAUGGCCUUCUGCCGCGAUGCAUCAUGCAGACCAUGGACAUAAUGAGGAAACAGGGGGCUAGAGUGGAACUUUCUGCUAAAAAUCUCAAAGUAAUGGACCAGAUGCCUCCUUCAGCUCCAAGGCUCUUCAAGUUGUGUUUGCCUCCCUCAGAUGGAGAUCUCUAGAAACGCUUCAAAAAAUCAUAUUUCUUGGAUCGUGAAUGCAGAGGAUGGGUUUUAUUAUCAUCUCUUCUUCUGUCUGACACUGCCAGUACAAACAAGGACCAUCUCAGCGUAUACACCACCAGUGUCCUCAGUAAAAGCUUAUAAAGACUGCUCACACACCAGACAAGGGAUGAAGGACCAACUAAACAGACACUUAUGGCCAGAGACCAAGGACUGGUUAUGUAAACUUUAUUCUGAAAGUAUUAUUGUGUUUGCCGUUUUCUGACAUAUAGCUCGCCAUUUUUGAUUAACAAAUGGUGGGCAGGCAAUGUUCUCAGUGAUUAUGCUCACAAACAAGCGGUGUUGUUAACUGGAUUAACACAACUACCUGUAUCUGACCAACGUCGAUCGUACCCAUUUUGCCUUGGACUGCAAUCUCCAGAAAGCUGCCUCAUUCUGUCUGCAUCCUCCAGGGUCCCCCAGGGCUCAGCGUUCAGACCACAGGUGAAGAAGAACAUUUUAGCAUGCUGGUAGAUGCAGAAAGACAAAAAAAAUGGACAGAGAUGGAAGUAGAGACCGAGAGAGGGGGGCUGACUGUUUAUUUCUAUUUUUUUUUAUUUUCAGCCCAUUGCAUGUGGUUACUGUGCAAUUACUGUAGGCUUAGUGUAAGUACUGUAUUAAUGCAAAAAAUGAAGGAUAGCUAUUUAUUAUAUCCAGAAGGAGCUUUUUUUUAUCACUUACUUACUCUAUAUCAGGUAUUAAAGAGUCUAAAAGCAUUCCAGCUUGCAUAAUGAUCAGUAUUUAAUGGACCAAUGGCAUGCCAUUUUUUUUAAAGCUGUAGCUGCUUGUGUGUUUCUUUUUAUUUAAUUAUGUGAAAUUGGAUUUUGUCAAUAAUUGUUUGAUUAAUAAUCAGGGCAUGUAACUUAUGGAGCAACUAAAGCUAGCUAAUGCAAAUCGAAAUAAAGGAAAAACAAAGAAACCAAGUCAAAAAGUUAAGUAUGAAUCAUUUGAAAUAUUAAUAUAUUAAUCUAAGUGUACUUGUAAGUUUGCCUCAUUUUUUUUUCUAAAAUCUGAAUUUUAAAUUGGGUUUUAAUGUUUUCCUGUGUACUAAAGUGUUUUGAAAGAACCACGUGAUUGGUCCAUUCAGUGUUAGCACGAAGUACUGUAAUCAGUUUUAGGUUGAAAUUAAAAAAAGGGAUUUUUGUGAGGACUGAAACACAGUUAGUUUACUGGAGAUUUUAUUUUCUUGUAAAUAAAGGCAUGUAACAUUGUCAGAGCUUAAGAUAGUGCUGGUGAUACAGCAGCAGAGUUAUGCUAUAAAUUAUAUUGGAUUAUUUUUUAUGGAAAUAAUAUAGUCUAUGAAAAAAUAUUUUGUAUUGAUGCAUUUGAAGAGGCGCUGCCUGUCUGCUUCUAGCAUCACCUCAUCUGCAGCUUGUUUUGUUGACUGUGCUACAUGCACACCCAGAGCCUCUUACACUGCUUUUCAUACUCCCAUAUCUGUUUACUUGAAAGCAGCCUGACUCCAUAUUGGCAUGUUGCUAUAAUCUCAGCUUUCAGUUGUAGCUUGAAUCGUCCAUCAGUUUCCAAAUGGCUUGGAGGUAUUUCUAUCAACAUAUCGUAGCUGUAUGCAUUUUUCUUGUUGCAUCAGUCAUCAUAAACUGUCCGUUUGUGUGCGUCACCAGUUCCAGUUAAUGAGUGCAGCAUGUUGGUGUAAGUGGACAAACACAUUGUCUGAUUCGAAUGCUUUCAUCUGUAUAUAUUCUUUAUUUGCAAUUUUAUUUUGCUUGAAAAUAUCUGUACAAAGAUCUUGUUUUUUGUUGAAUCUUUCUAAAAUUAUUGUAAAUGGUAUCUUAACAAGAUAGUAAAUAAAAUGUUCUCGUUA